UCCGCCUUGUCUCCAUCAACAUCAGAAGAGAAUAUGAUGUGCCUUUUCUUUAUUAUCUAAAAUGGACAAUUUACAAGCCGGAGAUCCGAAAUAUCUGAAGAGGAGAGUGAAGGGCUGUACUCUGGAUGUCCACCCCACUGAGAAAGCCCUUGUCGUUCAGUAUGAGGUGGAAGCAACUAUCCUGGGAGAGCUGGGGGUUCCCAUGGUUGGAGAACGCAAAGAGUGUCAGAAAAUUAUUCGCCUGAAAAGCUUGAAUGCCAACACAGACAUAUCCUCUUUGGCUCGGAAGGUGGUUGAGGAGUGUCGGCUGAUUCACCCCUCAAAACUCAGUGAGGUGGAGCAGCUGCUCUUCUAUCUGCGAAGCCGCAAGCAGCCAAACGACAACCAAGAGAAGAAACGUAUCUCACCUCGAGACUUCACACCUUACACUGGAGUGGAGCUGGACGAGGAGGCGAGCAUCAACAGCAUCGAUGAAUAUGUGGAGCUGCUGUAUGAGGACAUCCAGGAGAAGCUCAGAGGAGCCACACUCAUCUUCCAGCUGGCUCGUAACCCAGACAACCUGGAGGAACUCAUACAGAAUGAGACGGCCCUUGGAGCUCUGGCUCGAGUCCUGAGGGAGGACUGGAAGCAGAGUGUGGACCUGGCAACAACUAUCAUCUAUGUCUUCUUCUGCUUCUCCAGUUUCUCUCAGUUCCAUGGCCUGGUCACACAUUUCAAGAUUGGGGCCCUGUGUAUGAACAUCAUCGAGCAUGAGCUGAAGAGGUAUGACCUCUGGCAAGAUGAGCUGCAGAAGAAGAAGAAGGCCUAUGAAGAAUUCUCUGACAACCAAAAUCUGAAGAAAGAACAUGAGAAGUCUUUCAGAAAGUACCAGAGUCUUCUGACCAAGCAGGAGCAGCUUCUCAGAGUUGCUCUGUGUCUGCUGCUGAACCUGGCCGAAGACACCCGCACGGAGCUGAAGAUGAGGAACAAAAACAUCGUCCACAUGCUGGUGAAGAUCCUGGACCGGGAGGACGAGGAGCUGCUGCUGGUGGUGGUCUCCUUCCUUAAGAAGCUCUCCAUCUUCCUGGAGAACAAGAACGACAUGGCUGAGGCGUUUGCCGUUGAGAAGUUGGCCCGGCUGGUUCCAUGCGAGCACGAGGAGCUCCUGAGCACCACCCUACGCCUUCUGCUCAACCUCUCCUUCGACACGUCGCUGCGCAGCCAGAUGGCCCAAGCUGGACUCAUUGCCAAACUCUCCUCACUCCUCGCUGACGAGGGCCAGAGACAGCUCAGCAUGUGCAUUCUGUACCACAUCAGCAUGGACGACAGAUUCAAGUCCAUGUUUGCUGACACAGACUGCAUACCGCAGCUGAUGAAGAUGGUGUUUGAGUGUGGGGAGGAGAGGAUGGAUGUCGAGCUCAUCUCUCUCUGCAUCAACUUGGCUGCUAACAAGAACAACGCCCAGGUCGUCUGUGAAGGUAACGGUCUGAAGAUGCUGUUGAAGCGUGCUGUGAAACUGAAGGAUGUUUUGGUGAUGAAGAUGAUCAGGAACCUUUCUCAGCACAGUGGACCCACUAAGAGCCUCUUCCUGGAUCACGUUGGGGACCUGGCAGCUCAGAUCAGUGAGGAGGAGGCUGAGGAGUUUGUGAUCGAGAGUCUGGGCACGCUGGCCAAUCUGACCAUCCCUGACCUCGACUGGGCGCUGGUGCUCAAGGAGUACAACCUUGUGCCCUACCUAAAAGACAGACUCAAACCAGGAUCUGCUGAGGAUGACCUCAUCCUGGAGGUGGUGAUCAUGAUCGGCACUGUGUCCAUGGAUGACUCGUGUGCAGCCAUGCUGGCCAAGUCUGGCAUCAUUCCCGCUCUUAUUGAGCUGCUCAAUGCCCAACAGGAGGAUGAUGAAUUUGUGUGCCAGAUCAUCUACGUCUUCUACCAGAUGGUUUUCCACAAAGCUACAAGAGACGUCAUCAUCAAAGACACGCAGGCUCCUGCUUACCUCAUCGACCUGAUGCAUGAUAACAACGCAGAGAUCCGCAAAGUCUGUGACAACACGCUGGACAUCAUUGCUGAAUAUGACGAGGAGUGGGGCAAGAAGAUCCAGACGGAGAAGUUCCGCUGGUACAACGGUCAGUGGUUGGAGAUGGUGGAGAACCGUCAGAUGGACGAGGCCGGAGAACCCUUCCUGUACAGGGAGGAUGGAGAAUCUUUCAUUGGGAAUGGAGACAUCCUGGAGAGACCUGACCUGUUCUACAGCGCAGAUGGGAUCAUGGGAGCAGACGGUGCCAUCAGCCCUGAGUUCUACGCCGACUUCCAGAACGGAGAGCUGGGACCGACUGGAUACCUGAGCAGUGUGUCGGACCAGUUUGUCCCAUCGGCUCAGAUCCCGGCAGACAGACCCAUGAGCGCGUACGGCUUCCGUCCCGACGAACAGUUCUUCUACAACUACACCACCGCCUCCCGGUAAACCUGGACACCUCUCACACACUGUCUCACACAUGAAUACUGUAUAAUCACUGCUCAGACUGUAGCCGUGUCCUCGUGUGUACCCUGUGUGUGCUGCUGAAGCUGUGUCGAAUUCGUUGCUUAUCAACACUUGUGUAUUUUCUUUAUGCAUUUCUCUCUGGGGUCUACAAGUCUGUUAUUGAGUCAAACAAUCAGAAUUUUCUAGAAUCAAGUGUCAUUAUCUUGAUGUUAAAGCACCAAAAAGUAAUCUGUCUUAUUUGAAAAUAUUGAAUCUUAUUCAGGGUUUUUAAAUUUUUUUUUUUCUUGUUUCAAGUAUACGAUAUCUUUAAAAUUCAAAAUGAAAGUAUAACCUAUUAAAUACAGACGUGUGCAAAGUCCUGCCAAAGUCAAACCUUUCAAACCUUUAUAUUGAGGUUAGUCUUAAAUUUAAUUUUAGUUUUAAUCAGAAGGAUUUGUAAAUAAUAUUUUAAUGUUAACUUCCCUGUGUAACAAGCUUUUAAUAGUUUUUGUCUGUUUUAAUGAUCUGAUGUUGGUUUAACACUGAACUGCAUUCAGAUAUUUCUGAUGUUGGAUGUUACACAAGCAAAUGUUUAUUCUUUUCUUUUUUUACCACAGUUUGCCUAAUGUGAAAACUCACAAAUAUUAUUUCAGGCAAGAGAAAACAGCAAAAGUUUGUGUUUUGAAAGUGGAGUCUGGUUUUAUUCUAUUUUCAGAGCCAAACCAACAAUGUGCAACAAACAAUGCUUUCUGCCUUCUUUACUCUGUGGCUGAAGUGAUUGUUGGUUUUGUUGUUUGUGACCUCUCACCACAGAUCGAUGUCUGCACUCAGAAAAUUAUUUUCACCUCUCUGACAUGUCUGAUUUUGAACUAUUUUCAAGGUCUGGACAGAUUUAAGUAUCUGGUGUUUGAAAAGAACAAGAAUGGGACAAAAAGUCUUAAUAUCCCUUUAAUCAUCUUCUUAUCUCAGAUUUAUCUUAAGGGGGGGGGUCUCUACCCUAAGACUGGGAACUACUGAGUCAUUCAUCAGACACAUUAGUCACAUAGGAAAUGAUCAAUUAGGAUAUUACAUAACAAUUUAUUUUACAAGUCAAUUUUUUCUGAAUUAUUUACUAGGACGUUUGCUGAAAAUAAAUUUGUAAUAAUUGUAAUUUGGUUACUGAUUAGAGGGGAAAUUCUGUAGACACAAUGUUUAAUUGCUGCUAUUUCAAUUACUGCCAAUUAAUUGCUAGUGUAAACUGAAGAGUCUUUGAGUCAGGCAGGUUAACUGAACUUGCAAAUAUAAAAUUUGUCUACAGGAAAGAACACAAUUCAGCAUAUGUGAGAAAAAGAUUCCAAUAAUAAAAACAUAUUUUUUAUGUUUAAAUUGAGCCUUUAAUCCAGAAAUCAACAACUUUUCACAAACUCAAAUAACUCAAGAAACUCAUUAGGAAAAAAUUAGAAAAUUAAAGAAUGACUGUUAUUUCCUUGUUUUGCCUUUGCUAAGUGAAAACACUGCAUUAGUCUGUAGAAAAUCCAAGCUCUGGAUGAUUACGAUGUCAUUUUAUUUAUGUGAAUGUAAUUUGAGUGAAAACAUUAACAGCCUUGUAUAAUCUUGAAAAUUACUUUUUAAAUAUGAACAAAUGUUGAAGAAUCUGCUGCAUUUUUUUAAAUUAUUCUUUAUCUUGUCCUUGAUGUGCCUGGAGCGUUGCUGUCCUGCUGAAAUAUGAAACAUUCUUCUUCUGUGGUGCAAUAUAUCAAAUAAAUGGAAGGAAUAUUAUUGUAGUGAAAGUGUAUUUCGUAAAUAAUCCGUCACAUAUGUAGGAUUACUUGCAGGUUUUUCAUAUUUCUCAGUACAGUGUGACUGUGAUUGGUUAAAAAUUGUUGUGGACCAUAAAUAAAUAAUCAAAGCAA